AGACAAAGUUUUUAGAAAAUGUUCAGUUUGAAUUUGGAGAAAAUAUUGGAACAAAGCUUGUGGAAAAUUUUGAAACAAAUUUUAUACAAGGUAUUGAAACUACUUCCAAUUCUGAUCGUGAAGGGUUUUGUGACUUCUCCAAGCCUGUAGAUUCUGUAGAAAGUAUUGGAGCAAAACAAUUAGAAAAUGCUCCAUCUUAUUUUGUCAAAAAUUUUGGAACAAAGUGUGGGAAGAAUAUUGAGUCAAAGUUUAUAGAAAAUGUUCCAUCUAAAUUUGGAAACAAUAUUGAAACAAACCUUGUGGAAAAUAUAGAAACGAAUUCUGUAGAAGCAUUGAAACAACUUCCAAUUUUAAUCGUGAAGGGGUUUCUGACAUCUCCGAGCCUUUAAUUAAAAGACGAAAAAUUGAAAUAGUUCAGAAUAAUGCUGAUUGUGCUGUUUUGUCAGUGAAAUGCAGAGGCAAACUUAUGGUGUAUUCGGAAAAUGUACAUGAAUGCAUGGAACUAAAUUUAUCCGAGAAAAUUGGGAUGGCUAUUGAAUGGAAGUAUUUUCUGAAGAGAUGUGUGGAUGCGUCUCCGACAGUGAUAGCAUAUCAAAAUGGAGCAACAGUGGUAUCAGUAGGCUCUCAUUCUGGUGACUUGGUUCAACUUGAUUUUAACAGCGGACUUUUGAAAUCGUCUUGUCAUCUGCCGGAUAGGAUUGAGUCUUCAUUGACUGUAUCACAUUGUGGGAAAUAUGGAUAUAUAGGUUGUUAUGAUGGCUAUCUCAGGUGUAUAGAUCUGGAAACUGGACAACCGGUUCUAUCAUUUGCUUCCUCUGGAAUGGUCAAGAGUACUCCCAUAUUGGAUGAGAAAGGAUCAAUUAUUUUUGGGUCAUACGAUCAGCAUUUGUAUUGUAUUUCGGAUGAACUCCAGGUAAUAUGGAAAUGGAAAGGUGGAGGUAGCUUCUAUGCCACACCUUGCAUAGACAAGGAUAGUAACCUAGUAUUCGCUGGUCUACUGGAUGGAACUUGUGUGUGUCUGGAGAUAGAUAAGGAGCCUUAAAGUGGAAAACAAAACUGUCUUCGCCAUAUUCGCAUCGCCCGUCUUGCUUGGCUCUGACGUCAUAGUUUUUGCCGAAGUUUCUGGCUCUGUCAACUGUUUGAAGACUGUCUGUGGAUCGUUGCUGUGGACGUUCAAAGCCGACGGCAACAUUUUCUCAUCCUUGACAUCAGCCAGUGUUGCCAACAAAACACUGAUCCUGUUCGGAUGUCACGAUGCACACGUCUACUGCUUGUCGGUGUGUGACGUCAUGUGUCAGCCAUCUUUGAUUUGGAAAGCAAGCUUGUUGGCUCCUGCGUUUGCAACUCCUUUUGUGGAUAUUUUAAAUAAUUUGGUCGUAGGAGCCAACACAACGGGAACGGUUUUUGUUAUGAGUUUGAGUGACGGAUCUGUGCUGACCUCGCUAAAACUGCCCGGGGAAAUAUUCUCUUCACCUGUGAUACAUGAUGCUAGAAUCGUAGUAGGCUGUAGAGAUAAUAUUUGUAUUGUAUUUCAAUAAUUGAUAACGCUAACUGUGUUGAAGAAAGACUAUAGCAAUAAGUGGUGUUGAAAAUAAAUAUAUUAAGGUUCUCU